AAGGAGUGUAGGGGGAUGCCCCCAAUGAGAGAGGGACAAACUAGCCUUUGUCCCCCAAAAAAGGAAGAAAGCCCAGAAGUUUCUCCCAACGAUCAGGUGAAAAGCCACCUUAUAGGACCCCAGAGACUUCACUAAAACCUUGGGGUCACCUAAUUGGAUGAGAGCCAAAAGAUCCCGCCUGGGCCAUCAGGUAGAAAAAGAGAAGACAAAAGAAUGACGAAGCUUUUGUGAAGGUGUUUUACCAGGAGCAGACCUCUGUACCUGGAUCGGAUUUUCUGUUUAUUGUUUUUCCUUUUAUUAAACAGUUUGGUUUCCAACACUGCAGCAGAAGCCAUCCUGCUCAUUAUUUGCCUCCAAAGGUAAUAGCUGAGCUAUCCUUUGUGUGUAUUAAGUUUUCUUUUAAAGGCUCAUAAAACCCUGGCCCGACGAAACAAAACUUAAUACGUGGCACCUGGACAGAAUUUCUCAUAUUGAGGAAGAUGGUCUAGGAAUUUUUGAUUACCUCAAUCAAAAUAGGACAAUUUUCCUUGGUAUUUGCGUUUUUGGGGAAGCAGGCCUGCACCUGAGUUUUUUGUCGCAUUAAAAAAGAAAACUCAGAAGAAGAGAUUUGGGGUUUAGAGGGAAUCCCAAAUCGAAGCCUCAUACCGGUAAAGAAGAGGCUAUAAUUCAGACGGGACGGGAGCAAACGGCACACCCUCAGAGGAUACUGUGAAUCGGCUAAGCUGAAACUGUUGCACCCAGGACCCGGGAAAAAGUCUAUACCAAGAAGGACGACCAGAAGACUCGAGUCACAGAACAACACAGCUGUCAUCGCUUGGACCAGGCUCAUCAGCCGCGGGCGGCCUCAGCUCACCUGUGUCCUGAAGCACCUCGGGCAAGCCAUCACCCUCACUGGCCUGAUAGAUACCGGAGCAGACGUCACUCUGAUAUCGAGAUCGAAAUGGCCACAGGACUGGACCGUCGUGCCUACGCUGGAUCAGCUGGCAGGUAUUGGUGGUCACUGUGAGAGCUUUCGAAGCUCGCACGCAGUCACAUUUGAGGGGCCUGAAGGUCGUGUUGCCACCACAAGACCAUUCAUUGUAGGAGCUGAUAUAGUUCUUUGGGGACGGGACAUUUUAUCACAAUGGUAUCUCAGGUUAGAAACUGGAUUUUAACAAAAGCUGUUGAUGGACAUAACACUUUAAAACUUACAUGGACAUCUAACACACCCAUUUGGGUCAGCCAGUGGCCCUUACCUGAAGAGAAACUUGCUGCUUUAGAGCAGUUAGUGCAGGAACAAUUAACCAAAGGUCAUUUAACUCCAACUACUAGUUCCUGGAACACUCCAGUUUUUGUAAUCAAAAAGCCAAACAGUGGGAAAUGGAGGUUGUUACAGGAUCUCAGAAAAAUUAACGAAGUAAUUCAAGAAAUGGGUUCUUUACAACCAGGUUUACCCUCUCCUGUUAUGAUUCCAAAAGAUUGGAAGCUAACUGUUAUUGAUUUAAAAGACUGUUUUUUCAAUAUUCCCUUGCACCCAGACGAUGCACCAAGAUUUGCAUUUUCCAUCCCAUCCAUAAAUCAGCAAGCACCUUUGAAAAGAUAUCAUUGGCUCGUUCUUCCACAAGGAAUGCGCAACUCGCCGAGUAUAUGUCAGUGGUAUGUUGCAAAAAUACUUUCCUCAGUUCGUGCACAAUAUCCAAAUUCUCUCAUAUUACAUUACAUGGAUGAUAUCUUAGUAGCAGCAAAGGACCAAGCAUCAAUGCAGGAGACAACAGAUCAGGUCAUCUCAGCAGUAGAGAAAGCAGGACUCACUGUAGCAAAAGAAAAAAUACAGACACUUCCUCCCUGGAAAUAUUUAGGAUACAGGAUCACAGAACAAACGGUAACUCCGCAGCCACUCCAGCUAAGGACAAAUCCAAAGACCUUGAAUGAAGUGCAGCAGCUUGUAGGCACUCUGAACUGGCUUCGUCCACUACUAGGCCUUUCAAAUCAGGACUUGGCUCCUCUGGCAGAUUUGUUAAGAGGAGACACAGCCUUAAACUCACCGCGAGAAUUCAACAAAGAAGCUCAAAAUGCUUUAGAGAAAGUGAUGAGAGCCAUCCAGUCACGUCAGGCUCAUCGGUAUAAUCCUAACCUGUCUUUUUUGUUUGCAGUUUUAGGGGAGAGUCCACAACUUCAUGGUUUGAUAUUCCAGUGGGAUCUAGAGAAGAAGGACCAUCUGAUAAUCUUAGAGUGGGUUUUCCUAUCGCGUCAAUUGGGUAAAACUAUAACAACUUGCCCUGAAAUUAUUUCACAAUUGAUUAUCAAGGCUAGAUCUCGAAUGCUUUCCCUUGCAGGAAGAGAUUUUGCAGAAAUCUUUCUGCCUGUCACAACCAUCUACUUAGAAUGGUUAAUUCAAAAUUCAGAAGUUAUGCAAUUUGCUUUGGAAAAUUUUGCAGGAAAAAUUUCAGUCAAUUGUCCCAAACAUGAGCUAUUAAGUUCAUCUUUAAAAUUAAUUCAUAAGCCUUUAAGAAGUAAUGUACCCCUUGAGGCAAUCACAUUUUUUACAGACGGUUCUGGGAAGUCUAAAAAAUCUGUGAUUGCUUGGCAAAAUUCAGAGACAAAAAAAUGGGAAUCAGAUAUUGAGGAAGUAGAUGGUUCUGCACAGAUUACAGAGUUGGCAACAGUUGUACGGGUCUUUUCAAAAUUCACAUUUCCUUUUAAUUUAGUAACAGAUUCAAUUUACGUUGCAGGUGUGGUGGAAAGAGCAGAAGGAUCUCUGCUAAAAGAAGUUGCUAAUGAUCAGUUAUAUAGUUUGCUCAAACAGUUAAUCUUACUUCUUUCCAUUCGACAAGAACCUUACUUUGUAAUGCACAUUCGCUCACAUUCUUCUCUUCCAGGUUUCUUAGCAGAGGGAAAUGCCAUGGCUGAUUUGUUAGCCAUGCCAAUCCAGCACACACUUCCUAAUGUUAUUGAACAAGCAAGAAUGAGCCAUGCUUUCUAUCACCAAAAUGCACCUGCUUUAGUAAGAAUGUUUAACAUCUCUCAGAAUCAGGCAAAAGCAAUUGUUCAGUCAUGUCCAGAUUGCCAGAAAUUAGCUAUACCAGCAAUAGCAACAGGAGUUAACCCUCGAGGCUUAAAUAGCCUGCAGAUAUGGCAAACGGACAUCACUCAAUAUCAGUCAUUUGCAAGGUUCAAACAUAUACAUGUAUCAAUAGAUACCUUCUCAGGAGCAAUUUUUGCUUCUGCACAUCAAGGAGAAAAAAGUAGAGAUGUGAUUAAACAUUUCUUACAAGCAUUUGCAUCCCUAGGUAUUCCUCAAGAAGUCAAAACUGACAACGGACCAGCCUACAUUUCUAAUAAAUUGCAAGAGUUUUUCAAAACUUGGGGUAUCAAACAUACCACAGGUAUUCCACAUUCUUCCACAGGCCAGUCUAUUGUAGAAAGAGCACACAGGUCAUUGAAAAUGAUACUAGAAAGACAGAAAGGGGGGACAGAAGUGCUUUCUACAAUAGAGAGGCUGAAUAAAGCUGUAUAUGUUUUUAACUUCUUAAACAAUUCCUUUAUGGAGCAGGUACCACCAAUUUUCAGGCAUUUCAGCAAUACCAGUCAGGCAAAGCUCAAGGAAAGACCACCAGUCUUCAUCAAGGAUCCAGAGACAGGACAGAUUUCAGGACCCCAUCCUCUUGUAACAUGGGGCCGGGGGUUUGCAUGCAUUUCUACAAACACAGGUCUUCGAUGGAUCCCUGCAAAGAAUGUCAAGCCACAAGUGCAGCCGAUCCGAGAGCAGCAGACGGCACCAGAAGAAGAAUGCACAAACAACUGAGCCACGGAUAGAAGCAAAGACUGUUUUCUAAGUUUGCAUUAGUUAAAAUUGUUUACAAGAAAGUUUUGCAUUGAAAAAGUUUUGUAGUUAUUGUUGUGAUAAAAAAGUUGUUAAACCUACCUCUAUGUAAAAGUCACACAUAUAGCCAGAAAUUUGAAACCUACCUGGAAAAACACUUCACCAAAGUUAAGAUAGAGAAUUGGCAGCAAAAAUUAUUGGCAUUCUAAUCUAUACUCCUUUCUCCUCUUUCUUUCUAAAUGUAUAGUAAAGGGUGAGAUGAAGGAGUGUAGGGGGAUGCCCCCAAUGAGAGAGGGACAAACUAGCCUUUGUCCCCCAAAAAAGGAAGAAAGCCCAGAAGUUUCUCCCAACGAUCAGGUGAAAAGCCACCUUAUAGGACCCCAGAGACUUCACUAAAACCUUGGGGUCACCUAAUUGGAUGAGAGCCAAAAGAUCCCGCCUGGGCCAUCAGGUAGAAAAAGAGAAGACAAAAGAAUGACGAAGCUUUUGUGAAGGUGUUUUACCAGGAGCAGACCUCUGUACCUGGAUCGGAUUUUCUGUUUAUUGUUUUUCCUUUUAUUAAACAGUUUGGUUUCCAACACUGCAGCAGAAGCCAUCCUGCUCAUUAUUUGCCUCCAAAGGUAAUAGCUGAGCUAUCCUUUGUGUGUAUUAAGUUUUCUUUUAAAGGCUCAUAAAACCCUGGCCCGACGAAACAAAACUUAAUAUC